CGCUUUUUACAAAUUACUCCGGAAGUCAACACACCAGUGAGCUUCUCGCCUGGUCCGGUGGAGAGUGGCUUGAUGUGGAAUGUUCUGUAGCUUGAAAACAACAUAAAAGAAGCUGCAGUUUUUAGCUCGGGUCCUGGUGCGUCUUUGUGGGCACUGAACCCUCUCGAGAUGGCGUCCUCGAGCCCUCUGAGAGCCCAGAACAGAAGUCAGCAGGAUCAGGCAGGGACCUUGAUGAAUCUGGAUUUGAAGACUAAACUCGGUGCUUCCUCCUUUAAAAGAGGAUCUGAGAAUCUGGACCCCAACGCUUCUGCUGAAACUGGAAAAGGAGUCAAUAAACUGAAAGCUGUCAGCAGGCUUCCAGUCCUCGCCAAAUCUCUGCAACCAGCUCUAAGUGAGCUCUCCCAAAAUCCCAGUCACAACAGAUGGGAACAGAGGCCUCUUACGGGUAAAGUGCAGAAAAAAAGGACCUGCACCAAACCCAUUCCUUUCAAUCUGUCUCAGUCACGCUCACGCAGUCAGAGAAACACGGACGUUCCUCAAGGAAAAGCGCCCCUGACGCCUUCUGCCCGACUAACAUCUGUGGCAAAAGUGAAGAACUUGAAUCCAAGUGCCAAAACUGAAACUCAGAGCCAUAAGGCUGUGACACCAGGUGUCCUCAGGGCUCCAGCCAACAAGCCACAGCGAUUGCAGCCCGAUGGUCAUGUAGAAUAUGUGGCAUCAAAUAAAGACUCUGCUGAUGUUCACCCACCUUCACAAGAAUCCGGAUGCUGCAGUCACACUGAUUUAAGUUCACGUUUAGGUAGCAUCACUCUUGUACAACCUAAGCUUCCUGAAGACUCCGGUAAACCUUCACUCUUUAAACUAGAUGUUAAAUCUGAUAAUCAAGCACCGAAGGACAAGUGCUGUUUCCAGACAGUCCCAUCAGCUACACAAAGCCAUAUAAACACUAAAGGAUCAUCAUCAAAUCUUCCAUCAGCUGUGCGCAAUGUCCUUCCGUGCGAGGGAUCGAGUGUUGUUGGAGCACAAUGCAUGAUGCCACGUUUAUCUACCUGCCCCCCUGGACUGGGAACCUCCAAUCAUGUGCCUCAAAGAUUUGUGAAGAAGAGUCAUCAUGGCUUUGACGUCACCACAGACAAAGCUGGGCUGUUUUCCCCUGACCCGUCGGCCCUGCGUAGUAUCCUACAGAGUGAUGGAACGAGACCGGAGGAGCAGGUUGGAGCAACACCCAGAGUAUCAGUCUGUCCCACUGGCAGAGGAACUUCUAUUUAUUCAGCUCAAAGAGUGCCAGUCAAAAAGACUCAAAAAGAAGCUCCAGCAGAAGCCAAAAGCCCUACAGGAAGUUCCUUCUCGCCUGAUCCAUCAGUGCUCCGUGAUAUUCUACAGGUCAAUGGAGCAACACCUCAUGCACCGACCUGCCUCACAGGCAGAGGAACUUCUUUUUACUCUGCUCAAAGAGUACCAGUUAAGAAGCUUCAAACAGAUGAUUCAGCUGCCGUCAAAGCUUCUGCAGGAAGUGCUGUGUCCUUCUCCCCUGACCCUGCAGCCCUGCGCAGUAUUCUGCUGAAUGAAGGUGUGAGGGCUGCUGGAGCAACGCCCCGGGUUUCAACCUGUCCCACUGGUAGAGGAACCUCCAUUUAUUCUGCCCAGAGAGUCCCGGUGAAGAAGAAUAAACCAGAAGCCACCACAGCAGCAGCAUCUAAGUGUGCAAACAGAACCCCAGUGAUGAAAUGGACACCGCAGCGGGUUGCAAACACCAAACCACAGUCUACGAGGAAGCUCUGUACCACCCAAAAGUCCAGUUUAAGGGGCUCUCCAGGUUUGCAUGGAGCCCAUGACCCCAGUAUUGGACUUUUGGUGUGCCAUGAGGGCGAAGGUGUUGUUCAAAGGUUAUUUGAGGACCAAGAGCAGAUGGACGAUGACCAGACAGACCAAGAUGACGUUACUUCACAACAGUUACUGAAAACUCACCAAACUACUGAAUCUGAGUCAAGAAUGAAAGAAAAUGCAGAUUCAAAUCAUUCCCACACUGAGAACAAAGACAAGAAAACAACACAGCCGUUCAUACAAGCAGCACACCGAGGGUCAGUCAUUGUUUUCUCAUCAAGACUUGGAUCAGACCGAUCUCAGGAUACUCUGAAGACCACUGGGGCAGGUGGCCCUCUGCAGCUCUGUGGAGACCGGCCUACAUCCCAUAAUGCACUACCACUGUUAUCAGACGAAAGAAAUGGAUCACAGAUCAAUCCUACCUUAGACCUGACUAAAGAAAGCCAAUCAAAAGCUCCUACCGCUGUGUCUGCUCUGCGUCGACGUCAUACUCCUUUAGAGGAGAUGAUUCUGGAUGAGGAAUGUGCUACGUACACCUCUCGCCUGCUGUCCUGCCCGCUGCAGCCCCGCUGUGGCAACCCGGUGGCCACCACACUUCUGUUUAAAGACUCUACCAGUUUUUUACCCAUUGGCCUGUCUUCGCUGGUACACAUGAAUCCAGUCCCUUCUGGUUCCUCGAUCAGAGCAUAAAGGAAGAUGUCCCACAGCACAUUUCUUGAGUUAGUCUGUGUAAAGUUAUGUAAGACUGUCUGAAAAAGUAUUUCUAUCUGCACUUUUGAUGUUGUCAUACAGUUAGAUGUAACUGGUUACAGAUUCCACAAGCAGCAAAGUCUUGGACAGAUUCAAGGUUUGAUGGGAUUCACUGUUGACAACAUGACUGAACUCUUUGUAUAUUGAACACUUUAAUCAUUUUUACACUGAAUUUGUCACUGAAUGGAAACACUGUGUGGUUUCAGCUUGUCUCUUGUGUAAAGUGUAUAAUAAAACUAUAUAUGAACACAGUUCUA